AUGCCUCCAAUAAUUUCACGCAAACCAUCAUCACCACCAUCAUGUGUUGUGCAUGAUCAUCAUGAUGAAAGAACCAAGAAGAAACAAAGCAACUAUGAGAGAUCAAAAACAUGUAACAGUAUCAACACCAACGUUCUUGAUGAGGUUAAGCAUGUUACAAGGCAGAGGAAGUUGGUUAGGCACCUUAAGGACAAAGAAGUCUUUGGUUUGUUGCAUUUGCACUCCACAGUCAAUUGUUCUUGUUCUUCUUCGCCGGAGUUGCCCGUGUCGUCGAAGUCCUGCUCGCGAGGCGGCAGUUCUAGCAUCAGCUGCGGACACUGGUCUAUUUCUGCUGUGCCGCAGCCGUUGCCACUCCCCGAGUCAACGGGCCUCGGAUUAGGCCAUGUCCACCUGCUUGGAUCUCCUUCCACAGAACAUCCUAAUUUUGCUUUGACUUUGAGGAAAACAGUGAAUCAUGGUGCAUUGACAUGUACAAAACCUUCAAGCAAUUUGGAUAGACCCUCUGCAGAGCUUACAACUAUAGCAAAAGCAAAAAAUAAUCUGAGAGUGCACAUUCCAGCUAAAAGUUUCUUGGCAGGGAAUAGUUCAUGCAAAAUUCCCCCAUCAUUGUGUCAUUAUGAUGAAAAUGAUGAUGAUGAUUGUGUGAGUAUUUCUGGUUUGAGCAUGCAUGUUGCUGCUAAGAGUGCUCCAUCAAGUGUCUUCUCUAGUCCAGUCACUAGUCCACAUGGAUCAAACAACAAUCCACAACAUUUCUUUGAUCAUCACACCAUCAAUAAUUUCCUUCAACAAUUCAAUGACAAUGUUUUGAAUUUGGAUCAUCAUCAUCAUCAUCACCACCUACCACAAGCUAAUAAUAACAAAAAUAAUGUUCAUAUUUGCCCUGCUAGCUUAAGUACUGCUUAUUCUUCUAAUCCCAAACAUAACCAUGUUGAUGCACAUCCCUUGCCACUUCCUCCUAGAGUUUUAUCAUCAAUGAUCCUACAUCAACCAUCACCUUCUUCAAUGAAAGGCCAAUGGCAGAAAGGGAAACUAAUCGGUCGCGGAACCUUUGGAAGUGUUUAUCAUGCAACCAACCUAGAAACUGGAGCUUCUUGUGCAAUGAAGGAAGUGGAUAUAAUUCCUGAUGAUCCUACAUCUGCUGAGUGCAUAAAGCAACUAGAACAGGAAAUCAAAAUCCUUCAUCAACUACACCACCCCAAUAUAGUGCAGUAUUAUGGAAGUGAAAUAGUUGGUGAUCAUUUGUACAUAUAUAUGGAGUAUGUUCAUCCAGGAUCAGUUAAUAAAUUUAUUAGGGAGCAUUGUGGAGCUAUGACAGAAUCUGUAGUUCGAAAUUUCACAAGACACAUUCUCUCUGGAUUGGCCUACUUACAUAGCACCAAGACUAUUCACAGGGAUAUCAAAGGUGCAAACUUGCUUGUUAAUGAAUCUGGCAUUGUCAAGCUUGCAGAUUUUGGGAUGGCCAAAAUUCUUUCAGGGAAUUCAUAUGAACUUUCUUUGAAGGGAAGUCCUUAUUGGAUGGCUCCUGAGGUGAUGAAAGCUGCCAUUAAGAAUGAAUCAAAUCCUGAUGUUGCCAUGGGCAUUGAUAUAUGGAGCUUAGGCUGCACUAUUAUUGAAAUGUUGUCAGGAAAGCCUCCUUGGAGUGACCUUGAAGGGCCAUCAGCAAUGUUCAAGGUACUACAGAGCACACCACCAAUACCAGAGAGUUUAUCAUCAGUGGGAAAGGAUUUCCUGCAGCAAUGUUUCAGAAGGGACCCUGCUGAUAGACCUUCUGCAGCAAUGCUUCUUAACCAUCCCUUUCUCCACAACUUUCAUGAUCAAGAUAAUCCUCUAAUUCAUCCUCAUUUAAAUUUGUGUCACAAAGGAGACCAAGGACAAGGAGAUAAUUCGUCUAGUCCCAAAGAUAAUACCAAAAAUAGACAUGAUGUAUUGCCAGCCUCCAUGAGCACAAAGAUUUUCAACAAAACUCAGAAAUUAAUGGGUGCUGAGGAAUCUAAACACAUUAUUAUAGCUUCCCAUCACAAUCUUCAAUCUUCAGUUAAAGCUGGCACCUUCAAUUACUUGUCUCUUGCAAAGUCCAGCAACCUGUCAUCCCUGCCUCACUCAAAUUUGAAGCAUGUCAUGAGCUGAUAAGAAUUAAAUCAAUUUUGUUUGAACUAAAUUGUAGUAAGGAUUAUUCAUUAUUCAUAAGCUGCUAAUUUUAGGAUAACAU